AUGAACAUACAAGAUAACAUACCUCAGAAUAUUUCUUCUGAAAAUGAAAUUCCACUAACGUCCAAUCCUCUUUAUAAACUAAUUGAAAUACAAGCGAACCGUUUUGAAGAAUUCGGUAAUCGAAUUAAAUUACAAUUACAAACAUUAUAUCAAGAAUUCAAUAAGCAACGAGAUGAAACUUUGAAAAAUAAUUUAAUUGAAUUUGAGAAAAUUGGAAAGAUAUAUCAAAAACAAAUUGAGUAUCAAUCAGAAUUAAUAGAUAAUCUGAUAAUUCGUAUUGAAAAUUUAGAAAUUCGUUCAAAUAAAAAAGAUCAAGAUGUUAGAAAUCUUCAAGAAGAUUUUAAUAAUUUUCUUAAAUCGAAUGUUUUAUUAAACCAAAUUGAAGAUGUUGGAAUAAAGGAUGAAAGUACGUAUUGUGAGGAUAAUUUUGAAAACGAGAAUUUGAAACCUUCAAAGUUAAGCCAUGAGGAAUCGGUAAAUAAUGAUAACUUCUCUUCAUGUUUCGCAAGUAAUUAUAAUCUUUCUUCCUCUUCACAAAUUAAUUCACUUGAUCAAGAAAAUCAAGAAAAGGUUUCCAAAUUUGAACGUCAAUUUCAACAACUUGUUUUACAAAAAGAAACUCUUGGUAUUAAAAUUAGGUUAAACCAUAUUAAAUCUUUGGUUAACAAAGAUUCUUUUACGAGCGCGGAUUUAAUUCAAUAUACGAAAAAAAGUAAUUUUAAAUUACUAAAUGACGAAAAUAAAAGAUUGGUAAAUCUUCUCAUCAAAGAGAUGUUAUUAAAAGAAGACAUUAUUACAAAUGAGCAAAUUUAUGUUGAAAAUCAAGAAACUGUUUCCAAACUUGAGUGGAUUCAUAUCCAAAUUCAACAAAUGAUUACGCAAAAAGAAAUCCUUGGUUAUAAAAUAAGGUUAAAACAUAUUAAAGCUUUUGUUAACAAAAAUUUUUUUACGAGCGCAGAUUUAAUUCAAUAUACGAAAGCAAGUAAUUUUAAUUUAUUAAAUACCAGAGCUAAAAGAUUGAUAAAUCUUCUAAUCAACGAAAUGUCAUCAAAUAAAAAUAAUACUACAAAGUUAAAACAACCUCACACACAAAUCAUUACCAAAGAAAACGAAAAUUUGGAACCUUCAAAAACAACCAAUGAUGAAUCAGAUGAAUCAGAAUAUGGCCUCUUUUCAUGUUUCGCAAAGUAUUAUAACUUUUCUUCCUCCUCUUCACAAAUUAAUUCAUUUGAUCAAGAAAAUCAAGAAACUGAUUCCAAGCUUGAACUGAUUCAUUUCAAACUUCAACAAAUUGCCACACAAAAAGAAACCCUUGGGAUUAAGAUUAAGUUCAAACAUAUUAGUACUUUUGUUAAAUAUAAUUCUUUAACGAGCGCAGAUUUGAUUCAAUAUACAAAAACAAGUAAUUUUAAUUUACUAAAUGAAAGAAUUAAAAUUUUGAUAAAUCGUCACAUCCGCAAAAUGUCAUCAGAAGAUGAAGUUAUUACUACAAACUUGGAAAAACUUCACGCGCAAAUUAAUGCCGAAAGUAAAAUUAAAGGUGAAAGUAUUAAAAGAAGAGAUUUCAAUUUUUUAUAUAGGACCUCUAAUUUUAAAAUUUUAAUUCCUUAUACAAAAACUCAAUAUUUCGAUUCUUUAAGUAUAAAAAUUAAAAAUUUCGUAAAUAUUAUUAUUUAUGACGUAUUAAAAAAAGAAUUCAUAGUGCAAAAUUUGAAGCUUUCACAAAAUCUAGAAGAAUACACUAAAAGAGGUUUGAUUCCACCACUACCAGCAGGAUACGAUAGUUACGCAGAGUAUGAAAAUAGUAUUAUGUUUUGUUCUUUAUCCAAAAAACAAAAAUCAAGAGUUAGUAAAUUAGUCAAGUUUCAAAAGCAAGAAAAGUGA